AUGGAGUGGCAGAAAUUACACACCAUCUUCCACCACGAGCUUUUGCAUCAGGUGUACUCCCUGGCAAGAGACGAUCCUCGUAUUCUUCAAAAUGAGACUAUUAAAAUGAUCAAGAAUGAGAAAACCCAGACCUCUACUGAUCAGAAAUACGCUGUUGAUUUUGGCGUUUACCAGCACUGGACUGCAGAGUCUCCAGACUGGAUGAGGCUGUUGGCCAACCUGUACUGGCGCAUGUAUCGACAGGCAACUGUUUGGGCUCUUUUCUGUCAUCUUCUCCACCAAGACAUGGUUAGCCUAAACUGCUUGACGCCAAGUAUGAACCUCUUACAAGUCUCUGCCCAUACCGAGAAUGUUACCCGCCUGCUCUGCUGCUUCCCGUUUAUCCGGAUACUUUUCGAACAUCCCUUUACCUUAAACAUUCCUUGCCAGACUGCAUACUUUUACGCUGAUAUUGACUGGCUGGCAACUGUCAUUUCUCGUCACGGUGCUAAAAUCCCAGACCUCAUCGCUGAAAUUGAAACCUCCAAGAUUAUCGGCAACAUCGACCAGGGCAGAUACUUCCAAUGCACGAGUUUGUUCUUCCCAAAAAUGAAAAUACGUAAGCGCGAGCGAGAUAGUGAGAAUCGUGACAGCGGAUGGGACACGGACGACACCAACGAGAUCUUCGGCGUUUGGCUUCCUCAUGGCCUGAGCAAACAACCAGAUCUAUGCCAACUGGAAUUGCAACACCUCGUCCAGCGCGCGAACGACGUCAUGUCUUACUACAAUGACACGGUAUGGAACUCAACUGCUGUGUUGAUGGUCUCGCUUGGUGGUUUGGAGACAACCGGUGCUCCAGCCGUGGAACUCCUCUCUGGCGAAUCCUCACUGCCAGAAACAGAUGAUGGGAGUACGGAGUAUGAGGGCUGUGUCUGGGAGUGCUGGGACUAA